AUGAAAAGAGGUAGUUAUAGCAAACCUUCUUACACGCCAACUUCUCAAACGACAAAACCAAGUUCUACCUAUGAUGCGCCGACAAAAUCAAAACCGUCAACGACCACCACGCCAACCACCCCCGCAUCUUCAUUCGAGACGUCACUCAGCAAAGCCGUCACGGAUGGUCUUUCCGGUAAGAAACCAUUGAAAAAAUACGGUGCCAAAUUGGAUUCGACAAGUAGUCCAUCGAGAUCUCGUAACACAACCAAAGAACUCAUUUUACCACCGGAUGACUCUUUGAUGUGCGCUCCAAAAUUCAUAAAAUCUUUGAAUGAUUUGACUGUCAACGAUGGAGACAUGUUAACAUUAAGUUGCACGAUUGAAGGUGAUCCCGAUCCUCAAUGCGAAUGGACAAAAGAUGGACAAAUUUUGAAUUCUUCAGACGUAAUCGAUCUUAAAUAUAAAAACAAAAUAGCAACUCUGUCGAUAAAAGAAGUUUAUCCGGAAGAUGAAGGAGAAUAUGUAUGUAAAGCUACCAAUUCGUUGGGAGUAGCACAAACCAAAUGUAAACUUACCGUUAAAUCUGUACCUGUAGCAAGCAGUCAGCAAAAAGGAAGUGACAAACCCCCGAAAAUUGUCGAUCAUUUGGUAUCGCAAUACGUUAAAGAUGGGGAUCCCGUCGUGCUUCAGUGUCGUAUAAUCGGUUCGGAAAAAUUCGACGUCGUUUGGCUUCACAAUAACAAAGAAAUAAAACCGAGCAAGGAUUUCGAAUACGCGCACGAAGCCAACAUUUACAAGCUUAAAAUAAACGAAAUAUUUCCAGAAGAUUCUGGAAUUUACACGUGCGAAGCUUUCAAUGACGCUGGAGAAUCUUUUAGCAGUUGCACGCUUAUCGUUCUCGGUACGCUAAAUAAUUACCAUCAUUCAUUUACCUUAACUU